GGCGUUUCCACCAAUGGGCGCGGCGUGCGGCGCGGAGGGGGCGGGGUCAUCGCGGUGGGCGUGCCCGCGGCUUCCAGAGAGUUCGGAGACGGCGGCGGAGCGGCGGCGGCGCACGUCACAGCACGGGAAGAUGGUGAAGGAGACGGGCUACUACGACCUGCUGGGCGUGCGGCCGGGCGCCAGCCUGGACGAGAUCAAGCGGGCAUACCGGCGCCUGGCACUGCGCUACCACCCCGACAAGAACCCCAGCGAGGGCGAGCGGUUCAAGCAGAUCUCCCAGGCCUACGAGGUGCUGUCGGACGCCCACAAACGGGCGCUCUACGACCGCGGCGGCGAGCGGGCCAUGAAGGAAGGUGGCCUGGGUGGCCGCGGGGGUGGCAGCGGCUUCGGCUCCCCCAUGGACAUCUUCGACCUCUUCUUUGGAGGGGGAGUGAGGAUGCGUGGCCGGGCAGACAGGAGAGGGAAGACAGUGGUGCACCAGCUCUCGGUGUCACUGGAGGAUCUGUACAACGGCUCCACACGCAAGCUGUCCCUGCAGAAAAACAUCAUCUGCCGCAAGUGUGGAGGCUGCGGGGUGCGGGAGGGCGCCCAGAGAAGGUGCCCCAAGUGCCACGGCUCGGGCAUGGAGGUUCGCAUCCACCAGCUGGGGCCCAGCAUGAUCCAGCAGAUCCAGACCGUGUGCUCCCAGUGCCAGGGCCAGGGCGAGUGGAUCCGGCCCCGGGACUGCUGCCUCACCUGCAACGGCCGCAAGGUGGUGCGGGAGAAGAAGAUCCUCAGCGUGCACCUGGAUAAAGGCAUGAAGGACGGGCAGAAAAUCACCUUCCACGAGGAGGGGGACCAGGUGCCCGGCCUGGAGCCCGGGGACAUCAUCAUUGUCCUGGAUCAGAAGGAACAUCCUGUUUUCCGGCGCAGCGGCGACGACCUCAUUGUUAGGAGGGAGAUCAGCCUGGCAGACGCCCUGUGUGGGUGCAGGCAGGUGAUCCACACCCUGGACAACCGCACCCUGCUCGUGUCCUCCCCGCCAGGUGACGUGAUCCGGCCUGGGGACCUGAAGUGCAUCCCCAACGAGGGCAUGCCUGUCUACAGGAGCCCCUUCCAGAAGGGAAAGCUCAUCCUGCAGUUCGAGGUGAAGUUCCCCGAGCCCGGCUGGCUCCCCACGGAUCGCCUGCGGCAGCUGCAAGCCUUCUUCCCGCCGCAGGAGGAGGUGAUGGCCACGGAGGACACGGAGGAGGUGGAGCUCAGCGAUUACAGCGCUCACGGUGGGCCGGGCCGGCGGCCCUACACCGGGGAAGCCUAUCACGAGGAUGACUUCGAGGACGGGAUGAGGCAGCACGUUCAGUGCCAGACCUCAUAGCGGGGAGGGGAGCCCGGAGCCCCCUCCCCGGGGGCGGGGGCAGGGCCGGGGGCUGGCGGAGCCACCACGUUCAGGGAUGUACAUAGGGUCGCCUUUCCGACAGCACUUCACCUUCCCCGGCCCCCCGGGAGCCGGCAGAGCCCCCCUGCCCUGCCGGGUGAGACCCCUGCCCUGCCGGGUGGGACCCCUGCCCUGCCUCCAGCGCCGGGGCUGCCGCGGGCAGGGGGCUUGGGGGGCCGGUGGGCACUGGAGAGGAGGAGGAGGGGGUACCCGCUGCCCCUGCCUCAGUUUCCCCAUCUGCCGUGGUGGGGCUAAGCUUGUGCUGGAGGCAGUGUGGGGAGGAGGGGAAGUGCCCAGCCCCUCUGGGGGUGCCCCACUCCCAGCCCCACACUGGGGGGGUCCUGCUGCCCGGGCCCCCAGCUCCUUGCUUUGCCCGUUUCUUUCCUUACUGGAGCCUGGGAUGCAGAGGGGGUGGCUCUUUUCUCUUUGCACAGGACAGGAGGGGUUGGGGGGGACCCGUCCCUUCCCUUUAAUUUAUUUUUGGAAGAA